AUGUCAGACUCGGACGUCGAUCAAUUGGCCCAUGCAUUAGCCGGCGCUGGAGGCGGCAUCCUAUCGAUAGUGGUGACUUAUCCACUGGUCACGCUUACAACUUUGGCCCAGGCUCAAAAAUCAAAGGCUGAGGAUGCGGAGUCUGUGGUUGCUGAGGAGAUGGGAAGGUCCAGAAGUGUUAGGACAAGACUGUGGAGCUUGAUGGUUGGACCCCAAAACCUUCAAUCUGACUCAGCGAACACUGUCCCUUCCAACGUGGAGGUCUUGAAGAAAAUCGUGAAGCAACAGGGUCUCAAAGGACUUUACAAUGGUCUGGAAAGCGCGGUUAUUGGCAACGCAGCCACCAACUUUCUGUACUACUACUUCUACGAGCUCACAGGCAAGACGCUUUCCAGGCGCGGAUCGCGUCAGAACUCGGGUCUAAGUGUUACCCAGAGCAUUGCUGCGGGAGCUGUUGCUGGUUCGAUUUCGCGUGUAGCGACCAAUCCUAUUUGGGUGACGAAUACGCGGAUGACGGUUCUAGCAAAAGAGCAGCAAGAUCUCAAGAAGCUCAACACUUUGCAGGCCCUGGUGUAUCUGGUGAAAACCGAGGGAGUUAAGGGCCUGUUCAAUGGAGUCGUUCCUUCUUUGUUACUGGUUCUAAAUCCUAUAAUCCAAUACACGGUCUUCGAGCAGCUAAAGACACUGAUUUUGAAGGUGAGAAGGAGAAGAGUUACUGCUCUGGAUGCGCUUAUUCUAGGUGCAUUGGGGAAACUCAUUGCGACCAUCAUAACAUAUCCAUACAUUACUCUUCGCUCAAGGCUUCAUUUGAGUACGGAGACGGAUGAGAAGAACGAGCUGAAGGCUACCUACAAUUUGGCUCGGAGCAUGCUCAAAGAGGAAGGAAUUGCCAGUUUCUAUAGGGGAUUAUCGGUGAAACUCACUCAGAGCGUUGCCGCUGCGGCAUUCCUGUUUUUCUUCAAACAGGAGCUGGUCACUUCAAGUGACAAGUUGGUGAAAUCGGUGUUCAGGAAGAAGAAGUUGGUUCCAAUGGCUGGUCUUGAGGAAGAAGCUCAAUAG